AUGAAUUAAGCAUCAAAUUCUCAUUCCAGAAACUUUUAUAAUUAUAAUGGAAGUGCGUAUUCAACAGAUAGCAUGAGAGUUUACAGUAAAUCUCCUAAAAAUGCAUAAUAAUACAUAAAUAGAUAUUAACCAUGUAUUUAUUCAACAUAGAGCAAUAUAUAAAAUUUACAAUCUCUCAAAAAUUAAAUAUCUCAAUUAUAAUCAGUUUUAACUCAACAACAUCGAAAGAGUAGUUUUACUAGAUCAAAAGCAGAUUCUUCAGCUAAUAUGUCAAAUGAUCGAUCUUUCUACACUUUGAUUAAAGAAUAAUUGAAAUAAGUUAAUAAUUUAUAAACUAUUGAAAAAGAAACAAAAAAUUAAAAUAUUAACUAAAUCACUCAACAAUUUAAAAAGGAUUACAUUAAUAAUAAGAAGUUUGAAUAAGAUACAGAAACAUAAUCUAAAAAUUAGACACCAUAAGGGAGUGCUGCUAAAAAUACAAAUGUAUUAAUAGAAACAACAAAUAAUGUAAAUAAGAGUGAGAAAUAAUAAGCAUUAAAACAUUUACUUUAUCCAGCCACUGAAAUUAAAAGAGAAAUAAAUAUUAAAUAAAAUAAUAUAUUAGAAGAAUAAUUGAGAGUCAAACUUUAACAUAAAUUGAGUUGUUUGGAAUAAAAUAAAAAAGAAAAAUUGAUUAAAUUAGCAUAAGGUUAUUAAUCUAUUUAUUUCAUAGAAUUCAAGAAUGCUAAGAAAUUAUUAGAAGAAGACUAUUAGAAUCAAGUUUAAAAUGAGAUUCAAAUAUUUGAAAGAAAACUUAGAAAAUUAAUGAUGAUAUAAAAUAAAGAUAAAAAACUUAAAAGACUUAAAAAAAGUAGUUUGUUGUUGAAUACAAAAUUAAAUAUAGAGUCGCCUUGUAUGGUAUUAUUUUAAAUAAUUUGAAUAGCUUAAAGUUCAUCAUCACCAUAAUCAGAAAAAGAAAUUAAGAUAUCUUAUAAUUUAAUGAAUUCUUUUAAAAAAUAAGAUAGAACUAAAUUAAUCAGUAGUUUUAAAAAAGAUUGUAAUAUAUUUAAUUUAUAUAAUUAUUAGCUUCUAUAAAUAAAGAAAAAAAACAGAAGGUUCGUUUUGAAAAUGAACAAGGUACACGGUUUAAAACAGAAACAGAAAAUAAUUGA